AUGUCUCAACUAACUGGUUAUCACAUCAUGAUAGUCUCGAAGUACUUCGCAACUAUCAAAGACUUUAUUAACUUGGAGUUUGUUUGCAAGAAGUUUUGUGGUAACAUGGAGAAGUUCCACUUCAACCCAAUUCCUUUAAAUUUCAAAACACUUGGAUUCUUCCCAAACAUCGAGACACUUCAUUUAUGGAAUAAAAAUGAUGAUAAUUUUGGCAAUGGAUUUAUGAUCAACAGAGAAGAAAAUGGAGAUUGUGAAAAUAAAGGUGUUUUGAAGAAAGAGUUCUUUCGAAUUAUUGUGUGGUUCAAUGUUGACUUUAAAACUGUUGACAGAAACAAAAAUCGAAACAUCGACUUUAAAAAUGUCACUUACAUUCAAAAUGAUAGAGAGGAAUUUGGCAAUAAUAUUCCACGAAACAUUAGAUCAAUUGGUAAUCAAUGUUUCUAUGAAUGCAAUAGUUUAAGCAGUGUUAACAUACCAUCAAGUGUUACAUCUAUUGGUGAAUAUUGUUUCAGUGGAUGCAGUAGUUUGACUUAUGUUUCAAUACCAUCAAUUGUGACAUCAAUUGGUGAUGGUUGUUUCUAUGGAUGUCACAGAUUAAGUAGUGUUACAAUACCAUUGAGUGUUGCAUAUAUUGGUAAUGAAUGUUUUUUUGUCUGUAGCAGGUUAAGUAGUGUUAACAUACCAUCGAGUGUAACAUCAAUUGGUGAUUAUUGUUUUUAUGAAUGCAGUAGUUUAAGCAAAAUUACAAUACCAUUUAGUGUAACAUCAAUUGGUGAUGAGUGUUUCAGUGAAUGCAGUAGUUUAACUUAUGUUUACAUACCAUCUAAUGUGAAAUCAAUUGGUGAUGGUUGUUUUUAUGGAUGCAAUAAUUUGAAUAGUAUUACAAUACCAUCUAAUGUGACAUAUGUUGGUGGUUUUUGUUUUGAUGGAUGUAAUAGUUUAAGUAAUGUUACAAUACCAUCAAGUGUGACAUAUAUUAGUGAGAGUUAUUUUAUCAGAUUUUCAAUAACGCGUGAAAAGUAUAAAAAAGAGACCCAUAAAGCCGGCCCCCCUCCCCAACCACCUCCUGGGAACAGAGAUUACUUAAAUGUUAGAUUGUGUAAAAUAGUGAGUAUAUGCCACGUCAUUUGA